UCGUUAAACGGCUCUGGUCCAUAGCCUGGACAUAGACGACGCACCAAGGGGGCGGGGUGAGUAGGAAGCCAAUCCAAACCCUCCGUUUCCUACCAUGUGAUUUUGAACCCCGGAAUCACAACAAUCGCCCAGAGCAGUGUCAGAACCGAGCGUGCGGCGACAUGAAGCUCGCCCUGCUGCACGUCCUGCUCCCCUUCCUGCUCUGCGUCGCCUUGGCCAACACCGGCCUCUUCGACGACGUUGCGGUGGACUUGUCUUACGCUCACUACGCAGAGCGACGGGUCGAGCACCUGCCCGCUUUUCUGGCGAUGCCAUGCAACUGUUUGGUGAACUUGGCUUACAUCGCCAUGGGCCUGUACUGGCUGCUGCGGCGCCGAGGCGGCGAGGAGGCGGAGCAGAGCCGCUACAUGAGACAAGUGUUCGCCUUCAUGGCGCUCCUCUACGCGCCCGUGCAGUGGACGCGCCUCGCGGUGCUUCGGCGCGCCCCCGCCGUCCUCGACCAGUGGUUCACCCUACCGAUCUUCGCGUGGGUGCCGAUCUGGAUCAGCGUCAUCGAGCGCCAGUCGGCGAAGCGGCGUGCGCCGCGCGCCGCGGCACUCGAGGCGUGUUCGCUCCUCAGCUACGGCCUGGCGCUGGCGCACGAGCGGGGCUUCGAGCUGGCGCUGGGCUGCCACGUGGGCCUCGCCGUGUACCGGGCAGUCCGAGUGCAGCGGGCGCACGGGGACGGGCGCACGCGGGCCUACCUGCAGCUGGCGGUGCUGUCGUGCGCGGGCUUCGUGGCGCUGAAGCUGCUGGACCACUGGCUCGCUCGGUACCGACUGUUCCAGCGGUUCACCGGACACUUCUGGUCCAAGGUGUGCGACGUGCUGCAGUUCCACUUCAGCUUUUGUUUCCUGACAGAACUGACGCACGGUGUCCAGAGGAGGAGCGCGGCGCGGCGGGAGUGACAGGAGCACUGUGCAGCGGCUCACCAACCACACUUCCCUCUGGCCCCACACAAAACAAGCCACCACAGACGACUUUAUUAAAAGUUAAUACUUCAAUUACUAAUGUUUCAUUGAUCUGCCAUACGUUGGCCUGGGUGAUAUGGCCAAUGGGGACAUCUUGAUACUUUUCACAUCAUGUCGAUUUUGAUAAUUAUCACAAUUAAUGUAUCAAAUUGUUAUUUCCUCCAAGUUUAUGCACAGCUUGUUGCUCCUGGGGGAAGGUUGGGGUAUAAAACUCUUGAUGAAUACUGGGAUAGAACAUUAAAAACAAAGACCUCACCAUACCUGCACAAUGCAUAA